CCAAAAUUUCUAGAGCAUCAAGUGAGAGUUAGGGACCUAAUUGUGAAGAAAUACUAUUAAUGAACUUAAUGGCAAAAAAAAAAUUUUCAAAGUUUAGGGACUAAAAAGAAAGGAGAUUAGGAUAAGGAUCAAGGCUGAUAUUUUUAUCCUCAGCCACGUGUUUUGCUCUUCAUCUUCAUUUUUCCUCUCCUCUGUCGACCGAAGCUCACCUAAGCCACCGACUCAUCCCCUUUGAGAAAAAUUGGUAACAAACUUGAUUUUUCCCUUCCUUUUCUUGUUAAAGAACUGAUUUUAGGACCUAGAACCCUCCCUUUGAAGUGGGAAUUUCAGAUCUGCUCUGUUUCUUCCCUUGGUCUGUCCGCUGUUCUGCUGGGUGUGAAUCCUUCGGGAUUUUUGGUAAGAACCAGCUUCAAGUUCAUCUCUUUAGCUUUAAUUUGGCUUGGGUCACUCUAAUCCCUUUUGUUUCUUGCAAUUUUGUGGUAGUUUUCAUGAUUUCUCCUCCAGUCUCUGUCGGCCUCCAUACCCGCCAGCCCCGGUUUUGGCUGCUGGAAAAAUACUGGUUCUUGAUCGUUCUGUUAGUUCAGUACAUGAAUUGAGUGCUCAGUUUUGCGGAGUGAGGUAAGUAAAUUAUGGUAAAGCCCGUAAAUGUUGAAGAAUAUUUUAAUUGUUUUCUGAGAUGGUGGCGAGGUUUAAAUGGAUUUAUUUGCAUUUGAGCAUGAUUAAAAAGGGAAUUUGAACUUUUAUUAUUUUCCUUCUUUUCUAGAAGUGAGCAUGCCCACAUGAGAUUCUUUGGUUUAUUUUUUAACGUGAGAACGAUUGUGAAUCGUGGUUUCUGUAAAUCUUGCUUGGUUUUGUCUCCGAUAUGGUCAUGUUAUUCGUGUGCCCGCUAGUGGGAGGUUUAUAAACGCUAGCACAUGUCGACAUGUUAUUGAUAGAACCGGUUCACUCGUGGCCCUACUAGUGGGGAUUAUACACUAGUACUCGUGUGCUUGCCAGUGGGAGGUUUAUAACACUGGCCAUGACUAAUAGAGGAGACCACUACGUGAUUUUAUUUUGCAUUAAUGAUUUGUUAUUAAAACGCUCUGUUCUUGAAACGCUCUGUUCAUGUUUCAACCGAUUAUUUGGCAUGCUUUAAACUUUGAUGUCGGGCCCCCAUGUUUACUUACUGAGAUAUUUUAUCUCAUGAUUUUCCCUUGUCCACCAUUUCAGGUAGUAUGACCCGAGACAUGGAAACCAUUGGGAGUGACGAGUUAGAAGGCUAGCCAUUUCGAGAUUGAUAUAAUUUUAGAAAUAAAUCAUGUUUCUUGGAAGAUAGAUUGUACCUUGAAUUUUAUGGUAUUAAAACAGAUUUUGCGAGAAUAGAGUUUGGGAUUUGAAUAAGUUCCGAGCCUUGUGUUUUUGUGAGACCCGUCUCACGAGUGCACAGCGUCUGUCGCGCCUCGGAUUUGGGUUCUAGGGCGUGACAGAUUUAGUGGUAUCAGAGCUUAGGUUUAAUUAAGAUUUUGUGAUGUCAGAGUCUAGGUUUAAUUAAAUACCUAGGAUUUGUUUUGGAUUUGGCUAGCCAAUGGAUCUUAGAACCGUGGUGAGACGAGUGAUGGGGUUAGACAAGGGACAAUUUUGAUUGUAAAUGUUGGUGAAAUUGAUCUAGUUCUGGAACUUUUAGUUUGGAUGAUAAACUGAGAUGAUAAUGGUAAAUCUGGAAAUUGUGUUUGGAGAUUUUAAUGCUCUGUUGAUAAAAAUUCUUGCAAAAUUGAUUGACUUAGUUUUAUGGUUCCUUGUGUCAUUGUAUCUUCUGAUGAUGUAUUGUGCUUAGGCUCAAAUCUGUUUUGCAUUUAGCCUUACCGUUUUGGGUGUGUGAUGAAGAGGGACUCUAAGCUUUUCAGCUCCUCCCCUCUUCUUCCACUCCGGAUAUCAUUUCCAAUUCUUGAUGCUUUUUGUUCUCUAAAUCUCCAGUCCCCUUCAGUUUUUGGAGUGGUUGAUGAUUUUAGUGUCUGUGUGAAUCUGCUUGUAAGCUUUUGUUUCAGACUUAAAACAAGUUAUUUUGCAUUCGUAAUGGUAAUUAAAUUGGUUCGUUUCUCGUGUUUCAAUCGUAUGACUCUGGUUCAAUACAUCUGUUUGAUACUUGAUGAUUUUUGAGUGGAUAACUUGAUUCGCCUGUGUAAUGAACUUAGAUGUGAAGU